AGAGGCCACGUUGGCAACUGAGGACGCUGCCGGAGCAGCCGCUUUGCGCUUGAGCUUUUGGGGCUGACUCUUGAUUUGCAGCAAGCAGCAGCAGCAGCAGCAGCUUCCGAGCGAGCAUGUCUUCGCCGCCUAAAGUCAAAACAGAGACCCGGGCUGGACACCCUCCUGCUGUCAAAGCUGGUGGAAUGAGAAUCGUGCAGAAACAUCCACAUGUCGUAGAAACCAAAGAGGAGAAAGAGAAGGAACAGGAGGACUGGGAAACUCCUGGCACCAGUCCACCUAAACCAACUGUGUUCAUUUCUGGAGUCAUUGCAAGGGGUGAUAAAGACUUCCCUCCAGCUGCAGCCCAGGUGGCUCAUCAGAAACCGCAUCCCUCUGUGGAAAAGCAUCCUCCCGCACAACAUGUCAACCAACACAUCCACCAACCUCGCAAAUGAAGCUCCUGUCCCAGGAUCCAGCCAUAGUGUUUACGGAUGGAAUGAUUAAGAGAUUUGUGCUACCAGAUCUUUUGAAAGUGGUAUCUCAUGCUUUUGCCUUAAUUGCCUAUGGUUUAAAUGGUUAAAAGGGGGUGGGGGUGGGAAGGGAAGAGUCUUCAGUCCUACAACUCAGCUGAAAAAAAACAUGUCCCUGUGUACUGCCAAUAAAAAAAAAAUGGUCAUAGAAAUGUAACGGGAUUGGGAAAACCUAGAUCUUUGAAUAAUUAUUUUAAACUUUUUCAUUUCUGGAUUUUGGCACUACUGGAAUGCAUUAGAUUGGGAGGGGAAGAGGUGUAUUACUUUUUGCUUGCCCUCUUCUGGUGAGAGGUUUUCAAUGUAUGAGUAAGACUUUUAGGGCAUCCUUGCAAUUAUUUUUAUUAUUUUCUUCUUCAUUUUCUCAAACAUGUUUGAGGAAGGGCCGGCGCAAUUAUUUUUAUUUUAGUCUAGGAUAUGAAAGGACCAGAAAUUUCUCAGAUGGGUAGAUCUCUCUUGCAAAGUGUGGGUCUUUAGGAGAUUUAUGUCGCAGCCUAGCCAAAGAUGAGCCAACUGGUUGGCCCAAAGUCUACAUUCCCCCC